AAACAGCCUUCACAUUCGACUUUCAUCUCUCUCUCUGGCUUUCUUUUUCUCUUUCACUCAUUCUGCCAAAUAAGAUCCAAUUACACGCUAUGUACGGACUGUCGGUUGUAUUGCUAGGAUUAUCACUGGUUUUAUUCCUGCGCUUCUGCUGGACUCGCAAAGAAAGUAUGAAGAUCUUCAAACAAAUCAAUGUUCCUGGUCCACCACCAAAUUUUCUUUUUGGGAAUUUGAUAUCUUUUGCUAAGAAGCAAGCUUUCUACAGCACUUACCUUGAUUGGUACAAAAUUUAUGGUAAAACAUUUGGCUACUUUGAAGGUCUUCGACCAGUUUUGGUAACAGCGGAUCUGGAUGUUCUAAAUCAAGUGAUGGUGAAAAAGUUUGAUAUUUUUCAUGCUCGAAAGGUUUUUCCAGUUCAAGUCGAUCCAGAUAAAGAUGAUGAAGUCCAUAUGUUUUUCGCUCGUGGUGACAGAUGGAAACGUCUUCGAGCCAUCAGUAACCCAGCUUUCACCUCAGCUAAAAUACGAAAGAUGUCAUCUUUGGUCCAUAACUGCAUAGACAAUGUCAUCGCAGAACUGAAAAGGCGAGCGCACAACAACGAGAGUAUUGAAAUGUAUGAUAUUUUCCAGCGUCUGACUCUGGACUCCAUGUCCAGUUGUGGUUUUGGUUUCAAUACAUCUGCCAUUCAAAAUCCCAAUGAUGUCUUUCUCAAGAACUGCCGCCAAGUUCUUUAUAAUACAACCAGACCAAAUCUUUUUUUCCUCAUAGGUUUUCUUUUCCCCAGCACUGAUAAAUUCCUCGUCAGGCUUGCUCGUCUAAGAGACUACAUUUUUGGUAAUCCUGUCUUUUGGUUGGAGAAACAAUUUGAAAAAAUUAUUGCAAUGAGAAAAAAAUUUGAUUCUGUGCCACGCAUGGAUUUACUUCAUAUGAUGAUUGAGGCUAAUAAACUGACCCAUUCCGAAGAGUCUCUCCACGUCCCAGAGACUCCAACACAAAACAUUCCGGAAUCAAAAUACAAAUAUGCAAAACUCUCUUUAUUGGAACUACGUUCACAAUGUUUUUUAUUCCUGAUGGCUGGCUAUGAGACAACUGCAACAACACUUAUUUACACAGCUUAUGAACUGGCUUAUAACCAAGAAAUACAAUCCAAGCUCUAUGAUGAGAUUAUAGAAUGUUUCCCAAAUAAGGAUGAUGAAAUCACCUAUGACAUUGUAAAUAAAAUGGAAUAUCUUGACAAAGUUUGGUGUGAAACUCUCCGUAAAUAUCCACUUGCAAGCACUGUGGUGGCUCGACAAGCAGAGAAAUCUUGUAAAUUGUCAGAAGAUUUGACAAUACCUAAAGGCAUGAUUGUCCAAGCAAAUAUCUGGGCAAUCCACUACAAUCCAGACGUAUGGGGAGCUGACCCACACAAGUUUAACCCAGAAAGAUUCAUACCAGAAUUAGUGGCCUGUCGUCACCCCAUGGCAUAUUUGGCGUUUGGGGCUGGACCCCGUAAAUGUAUUGGCAUUCAGUUUGCCAAAAUGGAAGGCAAAAUAGCAAUUGUAAAGUUAGUUCAAACAUUUCACAUGAUUCUGUCUGAAAAGCAGGGUCCGUUGGAGACGAUUGAAGGGGCCACAAUAGCCCCUGUAAAUGGAGUUUAUCUACGACUAUCCCAGAGAUAUUGAUCAGGAGUGAAGGAGAAAAAAACAUUUUUUAAAGAGGAUUUUAUGUGAUAGAAAAACCAAACCAAAAGACUGACAUCCUGAUGCGUAAAGAAAAAAAACCCAGUGAUCUUUCUUCCAUAUUUAAUAAUUAUUAUCAUUAAGGCGGCAGUAUCGUUAGUACGCUGGGCAAAAUGCUUAGUAGUAUUUCACUGGUGCUACGUUCUGAGUUCAAAUUCCGCCGAGGUCGACUUUACCUUUCAUCCUUUUGGGGUUGAUAAAUUGAGUACCAGCGAAACACUGGGGUUGAUCUAAUCGACUGUUCCCUCCCCCAAAAUUUCAGGCUUUGUGCCUUUAUUAUGGUUAAUCCAAAACACCAUUUGACAAGUCAUCUUUUUUGCUUUUGUUGUUUAUUUGGCCGUCUUUCUUAUGUAAAUAGAUUUUCCAUUGUUUUCACUGACAGAUAUUUGAUCAACUGAACCAUCAAAUGUGUAUGUGGCUGAGUACUCCACAGACACAUCGAUCCUUAAUGUAAUCAAUUCUCAAAUACAAUCAACAUGACAUAAAGCUGUCCCUUUAAAUUACAGAUAUUGCCCCUCUGGUGGGCUUCCUCACAGUUUCCAUCUCCCCAUUUUCACCCACCAGGUUUCGAUUGAUGCAAAACUGUGGUAAAAGACAAUUGCCAAAAACGCCAUGCAGUAGGACUGAACCUGUGACCUUAACCACUCAGCCAAACUAGAGAUACUUGUUUUGUUGUUGUUGUUGUUAGAUCCAGGACUUGAAACAAUAGACUCCCAAUGAAGAAUCAUAAACAUUCUACAAUUUAUCAAAAAUAUAUUCUAUGAAUCAACAACUCCGGAAAUAAAUUUAAAACAAAAAAAAACCAAUAACUUAUUUUAAUAUUAUAAUAUAGUUGUUAUUCUUUAUCAUAUUGAAAUUGUCAUCAGGAUCAUUAAUUAUCACACCCUAAUUAUAAAAAGAGUGUUCAAAUUUAAUAAUUCAUUCUGCUAAAGGCACAAGGCCAUCAAUUUUGAGGAGGAGGAGGACCAUCUGUUGUUACACAGACCAUUUUUAUUGCCUCCAAAAGGAUGAAGGGAAAACUUGACUUCAAACCGUGAAGGACGAGAAGAAAUGCUACGAAAACAUAUUUGUUCAGUUUACAGCCUUUAAAUCUUAAUAAUUGGAUCUAAUACUGACACGAGGCUGGUAAUUCCAGAGGUGGGAGGGAUUAGUGUAAACUAUUGAUCCCCCAAUAUUUCACUGGUAUUUUAUUCUUAACAAGCUGGCAGAAGUGUUAGCAUUACAGACAAAAUGCUUAGCAGCAUAUAUCAUCCUUUCUUUAUGGCCUGAGUUCAACUUUCGGG